AUGACCCAAGGGAAACAUUCUCAACGUUACGAGCGAGCAUCAAAUGGCAGAAGCAGUUAUCAACACUUGCUUGCAGGCGGAGGUGCGGGUAUGAUGGAGGGGCUUAUUUGCCAUCCGCUAGAUACAAUUAAAGUCAGAAUGCAGACAGCAGUGGGCCGUAAUGCCUAUCAGACUUCAAAAAGUAUAAUCCAAAGGGAUAGUAUUCUUGGCUUCUAUCGCGGUUUCAGUCCUGUUUUAUGUGGCAUUGUACCUAAGAUUGCAAUACGGUUCGCUAGUUUUGAGACCUACAAGUCCCUCCUAGCACUUCCAGACGGAAGCCAUCCAAGUCAUCGACUACUUCUGGCUGGUCUAGCAGCGGGGGUGACAGAGUCGGUACUUGUUGUGACACCUAUGGAGAUGGUGAAAAUUCGACUGCAAUUUCAGAAACAUACUGCAAAGCCCCGAGGAGCUAUCCAGGUUGUCCUGGAUAUUGUCCGAUAUGAGGGUAUUAGUAAAUUAUGGACGGGAAUCUCACUUACGUCGUUACGCCAGGGAACAAACCAAGCAGCAAACUUCUUUGUGUAUAGUCAUCUGAAGUCGCACGCACUAGAGAGAGGAGGAAGAGGCUCAUCAACUCUACCCUCAUAUCAAACUGCUCUCAUCGGCUUAGUAUCCGGCUCUGUUGGACCGCUUUGCAAUGCUCCAAUAGAUACUAUAAAAACAAAGGUUCAGAAGUCGCCAGCUCUACCUGGUGAAAGUAACUUUCGAAGAAUAGUCUACCUGACUCAUCAGCUUGUCACAAAAGAUGGCCUUCCUGCUUUGUAUAGGGGUAUUGGUCCCCGAAUCCUUCGAGUAGGGCUAGGCCAAGCAGUCUCCUUUACGGCGUAUGAGUUCCUCAUGGCACAGAUUCACACUCUUCAGAGUUAUGGUCGUUAUAUCGAUGCCGCAUCGACAGGUCUUAAGGAUUUGGUAGAGUUGCAGUAA